UGUGACUAAGUUAAGAAAUAUAUAUAAAGAAUCAUUCGAUAUAAUAAAGUUAACAAUAAAAAUUAAUAAUUAAAAAGUCGCCAUGCGACUUAAAGUGCAAAUUCUAGCGAUCCUCUUAUGUGGAUUCGCUCUAACAACGCGAGGUGAAAACUCAACGAAACCUAACGAAAAAAUAGAUCUAAGUGUGCCUAAAGUUUUAAACUCAAAAAGUGAAUUAUUCGAAGAUGUAGAAGAAGUCGUUGAUUUAAAAUCGGUUUUAGAAAAGAAACCUGUGGUAACUGUUCCCCCAAAAGUGUCUUCAACUAAACCAACGGAAAUACCCAAGAAAAUUAUUCCCAAAGAACAACCUAAAGUGGAUAAAGUUUCUACCACAAAACCUUUAAUUGGGCCACAACUUCCCGAUGGCCUGAAAAACAUGACUCUUACACCACGAUCUGGAAAGAUGAUGAUGUCUGGAUAUUCGGAUUAUUAUGACAAUACCGAUGGAUAUGACUGGGAUCCUAACAAUAGAAUGGCUCCUCCAGACAUAGCCACACAUGCACUCAAUGGCUAUGUAAUAAGUCCUCAACGUUUGGCAGAUAUACGUGGUCAAUUCUUCUAUUGGUACUUCGAUCAGGAUAGAUAUGGUGGACGAGGAGAUUAUCAAUCCGAUAUUCAUGCUUCGAUGCCACAAUUGCAUAAGAAUUUAAAUUUUCAAUUACCAUUUUAUGGUUUUCGUUUUAAUUAUACGAGAGUCUCAAUGAAUGGUUAUUUGGAAUUUUGUGAUCCUCCAGAAUACUAUACAUAUCCUCUAGUUUUCCCAGUUAAAGAUUGGCCGAAAAAGAAUGAUCCUUCAUUUAUUGCACCUUGGUUCUCGAAAUGCAGAGUUGGACGUAUUUAUUCAACUGAUAUUGAUCAACGCACACCUGGUGUUUACUUUAGAUUGGAACGUGAUUUGAUGACUCGAACUGAUAGAUUUGGAGUUGAAGUACGUGAACGUGUUAUGUGGGAUAUUCGUGAAGGUGUUGUUGGAGCUGAGACAUUCGUACCCAAGCACGCUAUCAUUGUUACAUGGAAAAAUAUGUCAUUCGCUGGUGGAAUAGAUAAUUCUUUAUUCACGACAAAUACCUUCCAGAUGGUCCUGGCAACUGAUGAAGUCUUCACCUAUGCCAUUUUCAAUUACGGAACGAUUAAUUGGUCUGCACACACAGAAGCGGGUGGGGAUACCACUCACGGCGAGGGUGGUGUACCAGCAUUUGUCGGAUUUAAUGGUGGAAAUGGAACACAAUCGUAUGAAUACAAACCCUACAGUCAAUCGAUGGUGAUUCGCGACCUUACAGGACGUGGAUGGGGCAAUGGAUUCCCGGGUCGACAUUUGUUCAGAAUAGACGAACGAAUAUUGAUUGGAUCAUGUAACAAGGAUAUUGAUGCGUCACAUCUGCCGUUGACAUUUGCCCCCGAAUCUGGUAAUAUGUUGGGUGGAACUGUUGUUAAUAUCACUGGACCCUGCUUUGAUGCGAAUAUACGAGUCCUAUGUCACUUUGAUACGGAAGAUGUUGUUGGCCAUUUCGUAGAUACGAAUCGUGUUAUUUGCGUUCAGCCAUUCCUCAAGGCACAAGGAUAUAUUCGAUUUGAGAUUUCAGUUGGUAAUGAGAGAUUCAAAUGGAGAGGGAAAUAUUUUGUUGAAACCCCAGCCACUGCUAUUGAGAAAAUUUUCUUUGAAACCGAUGCUGUGCAGAAGAAGAACCCCAAGGAAAUCAAUAUUUCCUGGGAUAAAUAUAAUUUGACAACAAAUGCGAGAGCAAAUAUUCAGAUUUCUUUGUGGGGAUACCGGGAGACUACAAUUUAUCCACAACUCGAAUACAUUGACAUGAUUGAAGCUGGCAUCACAAACACAGGUGCAUACACAAUAUCUCCAGUCAACUUCAAAACCCGAUGGAAUUCCAAUAAUGAUAUGCAAUUUGGUUUCCUGCAAAUUAAUUUAACUGACCCGAAAGCAUAUUCUGGACUAGCAAUUACUCCAGUUCUAUGGUCAAGACCAAUUCCACUAGCUUGGUACUUUGCACCGCAAUGGGAACAAAAACACGGCCUUCUCUGGCCAAGAGCUUUAUGUGAUAAUUGGCUCCGUACAGACAGAUAUUUAAGGAAUUUUGCAGCCGGUUUACCAUUGUGCCCGUGCACAUUGGAGCAUGCAACCUAUGACAAAGGACGUUAUAUGCCCGACCCGGAUUGUGACAAGGAUUCAAAUCCAACCUGUGCCAAGCAUAAGGGUGCAAUUCAUUGUGUCGUCAGUGGAACUCCUACUGAACAAGGAGCCGAACAACAAUGCUGCUAUGACCGAUAUGGCUACCUCAUGCUAUCAUACGAUCAAAUGUGGGGCUCUCGUCCUCGACGUAAUCAUAACACCGGCAAGAUGCCAUGGAACGAAGCCAGCAAGGUGCCAACUUUAUCCUCAUGGUUCCAUGAUAUGCGUCCAUUCUACUCGUGCUGCCUGUGGCAGGAGGAGCAAGCAGUCGGUUGUGAAACUUAUCGAUUCGAAAGACGUCCUUCGCAAGAUUGCGUAGCAUACCAGGCGCCAGGAGUUGCCGGAGUAUUUGGCGACCCGCAUAUAAUUACAUUCGAUGGCACGCAGUACACAUUCAACGGAAUGGGCGAAUUCGUUCUGGUUAGAGGAUCUAACCACGAUGAGAAAUUCGAAGUCCAAGGACGAUUCGAACAACUGCCAAAGAACAUGUACGGUCAAGUAAUGGCGACGCAACUAACGUCCGUCGCUAUGAGGGGCAACACUUCGACGACCAUUGAAGUUCGCAUUCGCCCCCGAGACGCACAAUGGCGAUAUCGUUUGGACGUGUUUGCCGAUGGCCGCCGGAUCUACUUUGACCGACCGAGUUUAAAAUUCCAACAUUUCCACGGAGUCACUGUGUAUACGCCCACAUAUCUCUUGAAUCAGUCUGAAGUUGUUGUGAUGUUCUCGUCGGGUGUGGGUGUGGAGGUGAUAGAGAAUCAAGGAUUCAUGACUGGAAGGGUUUAUCUGCCAUGGUCUUUUGUGAAUAAGACCGCAGGACUUUUUGGCAAUUGGAGUUUCGAUCCACAGGAUGAUUUCACCCUGCCUGAUGGACAGGUGCUCAAUUUGAAUAUCAACAAUCAGCAAGCCAUUCAAAAGGAAUUUGGACUAAAAUGGAUACUCUAUGACAGAGAUACACCAGGAGUUGGGCAAGCAUUGUUCACGAGAGAAUUUGGAAGGACGGCAAGCUAUUUCACUAAUACGUCAUUUGUUCCGAACUAUAUCAGAGAACCGAUUGACUUUCUACCCUCAAAUCGGUCCCAUGAUGUGGAACGAGCCAGUGAGUUGUGUGGCGAGAGCUAUCAGUGUCGCUAUGACUAUGGAAUGACUUUGAAUAGGGAUUUGGCGCAUUUCACAAAGAACUACUACGACAGUAUAAUUAACAUUCAGACACUCAAUGCACAUCGAGUGCUGUCUUGUGGAGUCCUUGAAACACCACGUUUCGGAAGAAAGUUGAGCUUUGAUUUUACCCCUGGAGCAAAAGUGGCAUUUGAGUGUAAUGAGGGAUUCGUUUUGAUGGGCGAUCAGAGGCGUGAAUGUAACUCGAUGGGAUUGUGGAAUAUGCCAGAGUAUGGUUAUACUGAAUGUUUACGUGAAGUCUACUACUCACGUCGCAUCGCUUUCAUUGCAAUUGGCAUUAUUCUAAUCGUCAUUCUACCCAUGAUGCUCUGCAUAGUUUGCUGUGUCUAUCGCUAUCGCCAGAAACAACUCAAAGACGAUCCAUCAUGGAAAAUGAGUUUGCCCCGUUCCAGAGCCGGUUCCCGAACCAAUUUACGGACCAUACCGAAUGAUGACAGUGACACUGAGCCGUCGGAUACUUUGAAAAAAAGUAGGUCGUAUGAAAAAGUUUAUCGCACACAUGAACCUCUAGCCGGGAAACCGAAUGUUGAUUUUCCAGCUAAAAAAUGGGACCUGGACGAUGAAGAUGUGACCUCAUCGGAAGGAAGUGAGAGACCAAAACAGGCUGGGCGUCGGUCAUUGCGGUCAACGGGUGAUGCCGGUGAUGCUAUCGAAGAAGAAGACCAAGCUGUGCCAGCGUAUCAAAGACAGGAGCCUGGCGAAUAUAGUCCAACGUUUAGUGGACUUGAUCGAAAUAGCAGUGCAAGUGGCAUUGGUAAUCGAUUUGGUGGGGUACCCGUUCUACCGUCAGCAACUUCAUCGACAUUCUUCAACCGAGUUCCAUCAUCACCACCAAAUGGCCCGAAUCGCCUGACCCAAGAUGUUGGUUUGCCGAUAGCAACAUCUCCAACUCCCAGUACCCAGAAUACCAAAUCCACCGAGGUCUAAAUUGGUUUGGCUAAUAAAUAGCCAAAAAGUUCAAAAGUUUUUUUUAUAUAAAUUUAAUUAUUUUUUUUAAUACAAAUCAUUUAGAUUAAGGUAGAAAUUCAGUGUCCAGUCCAUUAAACAUUUACUUUAUUUUUGCACAAAGUAGAAAUGUAGAAAAAGCUAACCUUUUUGUUUUUGCAUGUUCAUUGUAUAGCAAUACUUUUUUAACAACUUUAUGUCCGACAAUUAAUUAACCAACCAUAUACCCAUGACUUAAAGUCUACCACCAUUUUGUUUGUUUUCUAUAUUUUUAUUACUAAACAAAUUAUAGUAGUCUCAGGUACAAUUAACAUAACAUUUUUUGUAAAAAAAGUUUUAUUAAACAUCGGAGUAUUGUUG